AUGUCUGGCUAUUACUCACGGGAUAUUGGCUCAGUCUCACCGCUCGAGAGUCAUGCUAUCCUUGGGGAGUCACUUAGAGCAGGCCCGACUGGAAGUAGCACGCCUUCUCCUGGCCAAAUGUCCGCGCAUAUGAUGAUGCAGAACCCCAAGCGUGCAUAUCGCCAACGAAGAAAGGACCCUAGUUGCGAUGCGUGCAGGGAGAGGAAGGUCAAGUGCGAUGCUACAGAAACAUCAAGCUGCACCGAAUGUUCGAGCCGAAAUGUGAGAUGUCAGUUUACCAAGGACACGAACCGGCGCAUGUCCUCUAUCAAACAGGUGCAGGAUCUUGAGCGUCAGCUCAUUGAAGCCCGACAGCAACUCGAAAGAGUACGCGCAAGAGAAGCAAAGAUCGACCCCUUUGAUGACUACGUUUCGGACGCGACACAGCCACUGGUCGAGGUUCCGCUGAUAGGUCGAUCACCCCGGCGAAUGCUGAAGGCUCGCGCACCUCAAGACCUCUCCCAGGCGCGAGCGAACCUAGUCGAUGUCGGUCGCGGCGUGCUCAAGCCGCCAGUGACCAAUGCUCAGCCCUUGAGCAAUCGCCAGUCACACCAGAGCAUUGAUACGCCGCAUCUGCCUCCUCGUGCGACAGCCGAUCGCUACAUGCAGUUUUACUUCGAGUGCAUCCACCGCCACUAUCCUGUAUUACACUGGCAGACCUUCAGACAACACUAUCUCGAACUGUACGAGGGUGGUGGUGUUCAGGCCUUACCGCCCGAGCUCAUCGCGGUCAUGUUCGUGGUGUUUGCUUGUGGUGCGCUGUCAACUCGAGACACCCAAUCUCUUAAGGAAGCUCAGGAACAUCUGACAAGAGCUGUGUCCACGAUCAACUUCUGGGAAGAUGAUGUUUCGACCAACCAGGCCAUCGUCGCAUUUCUCGCCAGCCUCUUUUUGGCUGAGGUCAAUCGCAAAACUGCAAGCUGGAUUUGGGCGGGCUCUGCCAUUCGGAUGGCGCAGGAUCUGGGUCUGCAUGUUCAAGGCGGGCAAUGGUCUCCGGUAGAGGGCGAAAUGCGAAAACGUAUCUGGUAUUCCUUUUACGUUUGGGAUCGGCUUCUGGCCAUGGAGCUCGGUAAGCCCAUGAUUAUCAACGACGACGAGUGCGAUACCGAAUAUCCCGAACUGCUAGAAGAGGAGAGGGCACAAGUUGAUCCUGCGAACCCAUGGUCGAACCCACCACCUUCAACACUUUUGCUGGCGACGAUACAUAUUACCCGUCUAAUGGCCCCUAUAUCUCGACUCUUCCGAUCUCUUUGCAUCACAAACGAUACGUUGAUGAAAUUCGAGGCUCAUCUGGGUACUUGCUUAGGUCUGUACCCUCAAGCUCUACAACUGGCAUCAUCCACGGCUAUCGAUCCGAGGAAUGUGAUGCCGCUCAUCUACUUUCAAAAUACACGGUUCAUGCUCCACCGCCAUAAUCUGUCGCCUUCCUGCUCCCCUGAGCAGAGAUCGCAGGCCAUGGAACAUUGUGUGGCAGCUGCACGCGAUACUGCGAAGGUAGUUUCCCGCUGCAUAGCCCCGGAUGGACGGACACCGCAGCCAGAAGCGGAGCAGCAUUUCAUGCUUUGCGCAACCACAAUGGCCUGCACGCAUCUUUGGAGAGCAAUGCUCUUUCUGCUGUUUCGACCGUUGGACGAUGCUUUCCUCAUCCUUGCGAGGGCGGCAAGCAUUAUUGGGACGACAAAAUCCAUCAACGUAUCUUGUGGCAGACAUUUAUCGUUUUGCUUGCGUAAGCUGGUGGAGAAAAUGGAGUCGCCUGCGGCAAUCGAUCUGGAGCAGGAUGAGGAGAUGGUGGUCUAUCUGUCGGGCGACCUGCAGUCCGGCACCAACAGCUGGGUUUGGGGCAACGCUGAGACUGGAACACACCUAAGCCGCCGGCAGAAGCACGGGAGACCCAAGCAAAUGUCACAGGAUCACGAUGCCUUGUCACCCACACAGACACAAUCGCAGUCACAGUCGCCAAUAUGGGAUAGCGAGCUCUCAGCAGAGGAGCAGCAGGACUGGGGUGGCUGGCAGACGAUCGAUCGCGGGGCGAGAUAUCUGCAAUCGCUACAAGAGAAGCGCAUGCACAAACAGCAGUCACUCCCGUCAACUAGCUUGCCCAUCUCAGCACCACCUAUUGCUUCCGGACCGGUAUUGGCGCCCAUCUCGCCUUCCAGCCAAAGUCAGUCGAGUGACACAACUAAUAAAUCUCGCAUGACCAUUGCGAACAUCAUAUGA